GCCACGCUCAGCCCUACCCUGGAAGCACCCUGGAGACCGACACUAAGUGAAACAGCUUUCCCCAAAGCCACAUGUGGAUGCAGGCAUACAAGAAAGGAUGAUCAACUUUGAGCGCCCUCCUCCAUUAGCCGCGCAGGCCGGGAGGAAUCCAUCAGCGGACAACAUCAUGCCUCACAGAUACACCCACCGGCGGAGCAAGGUGAAUGGCGCGGGCCGGAGGAUGGAGCGGCGGGGCAACGCGGGCAAAGCCAACCACAGGUCCAAGAAGCUGGCCGUCAUCUCCCGCUCCCUGAUCCUCUGCAGCUCGCGGACCAGCGACGAUGGCUCCAGCCCCGAGGAGCGAUACGCCGACUCCUGGGAGAAGGAGAACGACAGGGAGAGGGAGAGGGAGAAGGAGAGGGAGGGGUGCGGGAAGAGCCCUCAGGAAGCCACCUCGUCCUCCUCCUCAGCUGCAUGCGCCGUCCCCUUGGGGGUGCCCUCACAGUCUCCCCCGGGGGAACCGAGGAAGAAUAUGAGGAGGACCUUCUCUAUAAAGGAAAGCAGUAUAUGGAGAAUGUGUGUAGCGACCGGCGAGGACAGCCUGGGGCUCCAGAUCUCUGAUAAUAACACCCAGCCGAGUGACAAAGGCCUCACUGUUGGCCUUGUGAAAAACGGAGGGGUGGCAUUCAGGAACAGUUAUCUUCAGCCAGGAGAUGGGGCCUGCCCCCUCGCGGGGCAGUUUGUAAACGGUCAUUCCAAGACAGAGGCCGAGUCAACAACGCAGCCAGUGGUGGGCGCAGCUGACACAAUGGCUUAUAUUGAUGACUCGUCAGCUGGUGAACACACUAGGCCUUUGCUCAGUCUCAGUGCUCCUCCAAUGCCACCUGCACACAUUGAGGACCCACAAUCCCUGGCCAACAAUGGAGAUAAAGAGCCUGUGGGUAAAGAUGCUGACCAUAAGGAGCCUAUUCUGGAAGUGAGAGGGGAGAAUGGAGGAUUCUGGGAGAAGGAGAAGACUGACCAAGCCUCGCAGAACCAGUCGGCCUGUAAGAGGACCCGGUCCAAUUCCACCAGCGUCAAUCCCUACUGGAUCGGGGACUUGGACGCUCUCAUCAUGAAGGCUCCUGAAAUCUAUGGGAGCCACACCCAGGGCAGCGCGGGCUUUUACGGGAACAGGAAGUCCCUCUCCCAGCAGCUGGAGUUCCCCCACGGGAUCGCGCAGGCUGCCCCGAGACCGUCCCGGUCGCUGAGCUCAGCUCACCUGGUCCACUCCAGCAGCAGCGUGCAGGCUUUCGUCAUCUGCAACAUCGUCCUGAUGAAGGGCCAAGGCAAGGGGCUGGGAUUCAGUAUCGUCGGUGGGAAGGACAGCAUGUACGGCCCAAUGGGGAUCUACGUCAAGACAAUCUUCCCCGGUGGGGCGGCGGCUGCGGACGGGAGGCUGCAGGAAGGAGAUGAAAUCCUGGAGCUCAACGGUGAGUCUCUGCACGGAUUGACCCAUGAAGACGCCCUGCAGAAAUUCAAACAAAUAAAGAAGGGCCUGCUGACGCUGGCCGUACGGACCAGCCUGCGUGUGGGGGCGCUGUCCAGCCAGGCCCAGAUAUCUCAGCUCUGCCGGUCCCGGUCGCUGAGCUCCAGCGCCGGCAUCGCCAGAACCAGCGCCGACAUGGGUGAUUACAGCUUCCUGACCAACCCCGCGAAGCCCAAAGACCGCAUCAUGAUGGGGGUCACACUGCAGAAAGAGAUGGGCGUAGGCCUUGGCAUUGGGCUUUGCUGCGUGCCCUCCAGCGAGGGCUGCCCGGGCAUCUACAUCCACACCCUGUCGCCCGGCUCGGUGGCCCACAUGGACGGGCGGCUCAGGUGUGGGGAUGAAAUCAUCGAGAUCAACGACACGGUGGUUUACAACAUGACGCUGAACGAAGUCUACACAGUUCUGAGCCACUGCAACCCGGGCCCGGUUCAGGUCAUCAUCAGUCGCCACCCUGACCCAAAAGUCUCCGAGCAGCAGCUGAACGAGGCCAUCGCGCAGGCCGUGGAGAACAGCAAGCUGAAGAAAGACAAGCACCCGUGGAGCAUGGAAGGCCUACGCAGGCUCGACCCCUGCUCCCACGGGAAGCAUAAAUGCGACCGCUGUGUGGAGAGGAGCUUCGGCCACCUGAACGGCCGGCGCGCUCAGAAGGUGAUGACCCGCUCCUGCAGCGACAGCACCUACAACCACCGCUCCCACUGCGGGCCCGGGGUCCCCCACCCCCACGCGCACCCUGACCUGAAGGCCCGUGUCCACAGCGUGGACGUCACCAUGCCCUUCCCCCACCCGUCUGAGCCCGAAGUCUGGCCGGAGGGUGGGCCGACACCUCCUUAUGGGGACGAAGACUAUAAUGUCCCCUACAACUGUGUGGACAGCGGCCCCAGCCAGCUCCCGUUGGACCUGGUUAACAGAGGCCUGAAGAGCCCCAGACCCAAACCACCGACCCCUCCCAGGAAGUACUACAAACGACAGGAAGUAUCGAGUGAGGAGCCUCUCCCAGACUCAGGUGGGAGCAGCAGGGACUCACCUGUUAAAGAGGAUGGCUGGCACUCCCCCCAUUCCAACUGCCGGGAAGCAGCGAGCAAUCUUUCGGAGGGAACUAAAGCAACUCACACCAGCCCUGCCACUGCCUGUUCCGACUCAGCGGAACACUCCACCAGAGAAGACAGAAAACAUAAAGGUACAGAGCCUCCUGUCCUCGUAUGCUCCCAGAGCAAAAGGCCAACGCUGAGGAGGCAGGCCCACGUGGAACUGAUCCAGGAACAGCUGCAGGACCCCUGGGUGAGGAUCUCUGAGGGCACAGAGGGCCAGUGUGUGCCUGUCACCAUGAGCGAGGAGAACGGAACGGCUGACCUCGGCGAGCCAGCCACGCCUGAGGACGCCCCCGCGGCCGCUGGGCUCUUGCAGUCCCAAUCGGAGGAACCGCCCGUAGUGAAGAAAGGGCCGCCGGUGGCACCGAAGCCCGUGUGGAUCCGGCAGAGCCUGCGGAGCAUCAAGGGCGGCAGGCAACAGCCGGAGCCUGUCAAGCCUCCCGAUAAGAAGGCCCAGGACCUGGGGAGAACCUUCGGGGUCAGCCUGAGAGCCACCUCGGCGGGGACCAACUUGUCCUUCAAGCAGAAGCUCCACUCGUUCGAGACCUUCUCCAGCGCCGAGCCGCCGGAGAGGGGUAGCAGGAGGCUGGGCCCCUCCACCUCGCUGCCGUUGAUGGACAAGCCCCUCAGCCGGAGUGACGUCAGGGGUCCCGCUGCUGACGUGGGCGCCACUGCGAAUGGCGGAUCGGCGGUGAUCGGCACGCCGGCCACUGACGGCAGGUCUUCCUCUCCUCCAACCGUUGCGCGCAAGCCCAAGCCACCAGCAGGCAGCACAGAGGCCAGCGAUUCAAACCGCCCCACAGAGGCAGCCCAAGAGCCCCCCCCGGAGGCAACCCCAGAGACAACCCCAGAGACACCCCCAGAGACACCCCCGGAGACAACCCCAGAGACAACCCCAGACACACCACCAGAGACAACCCCAGAGACAACCCCAGACACACCACCAGAGACAACCCCAGAGCCAGUCAGACCCUCCCAGGAAGCAGCUGUCCAAGAAACAGAAGUGGAGGUAGAGACAGCCCCUUCUCCACCUUCCAGCCCCAGGAGAACCUCUAUCCCAAAAAGUACCCCCUCAGACCAGCCCCUGCCCUUCAAGCAGGCCAGUCUGCGGACCAGGAGCCUCCCGCUGACUUCCUCCUCCUCACUGGAUGGCUCCGUCCUGAAGGUCCUGGACACGGAGAGCCUGGGGAAGAUCCUGUCCUUCAGUAACCAGGUGUCCCACGCGCUGAUGCGCUCCAUGCGCUCCCUGCCCCAGUCUCCCUGCACUCGGCUUAGCAACCCCUGGAGCCCCCGUCCUGGUUCACCCCUGAACAAACCGGACGAGGAGGACAAGGCCCCCCCCUCUCCAGCUCCUGACAGCAACGAAAGGGGAUUCUCUGUCAGCCUGGCCGAGCUCAGGGAGUGCACCAUUGAGAGAGGAGAGGACAGCGGGAAGGAGGGGGCCCGCGAUCACCCCGUACCACCCCCGGCCUCCUCUGCCUGUGCCCAGUCCGUCAUCUCCGCCAUCCCGCCCGAGGAGAUUGAAAAGAUGAUCGAGGAGGUCAAAGCCCUGGAUGAGGAGACUCUCAAACAAUUUGAGGACAUCCAUGUUGUCAUCUUGCACAAAGAGGAGGGAGCCGGCCUGGGAUUCAGUAUUGCUGGAGGGAUAGACCUAGAGAACAAAGCAACCACCGUCCACAAGGUGUUCCCCAACGGCCUGGCGGCACAGGAGGGGACCAUCGAGAAGGGGGACGAGGUGCUGUCCAUCAACGGGCAGACGCUGAAGAACGUGACGCACGGCGACGCCACCACCACCCUCCGACAGGCCAGAAGCAUGAGGCAAGCGGUGGUGGUGGUGUGCAAGAGCAAAGACGGCGAGAGGACGGCCCCCGGUGCCAGCGACCUGCCCCAGAGCGGUACAGAUCAGAACGUCACAGAGGUGGGUGACAGUCUUAUCAUGCAGCUGGAGAAGACUGCUGGCGGAGUGGGCUUCAGUUUAGAGGGAGGCAAGGGCUCCAUUCAUGGGGACAGAGCCAUCGUCAUCAACAGGAUCUUCAAAGGUGGCGCUGCUGAGCACAGCGGGAUCCAGUCUGGGGAUGAGCUGCUACAGGUCCAGGACACCACCCUACAGGGGUUAACGCGCUUUGAGGCCUGGAACAUCAUUAAAGCGCUGCCCGAGGGGCCUUAUAAGGCAGUCAUCAGGAAGAAGGUGGAGGUGGAGGUGGCCUAAAUGAUUGCACACAGCCUCAAGCCUGUGCAGAGACACAGAACACAUAUUAUCUUCAUUGACCCAUAGGCGGAAACUCAGACUCUUACACCAGCCUGGGUUUCAAAACUGUAACAACACGUUGCGUCAGCUGAUGGAGCGACUGCACGUUCACUUUUUCACUGCAGUGUGUUUAGGCUGGAGGUAUUUCACUUACACUGCUUUCUUUUUCAGUUUCGGAAAUCUCGAUCAGGGACACCAGUGAGCCGCUCCUUUACGAAACGGUUCACGUUUCGACAUUUCAGCUUUGCACAAAACACUGUCAACGCAGGUACAGUGACACAUUAAACCAAAGCAGAGAACAAGCACAAAAAAAGAAAUUUUUACUUGAGUUUUAACGAGUUAUUUUUGAUACGCUUUGCUUUUCACAGUGCAACUCAAACCAUGGCAUGGUAUGCGCUUCAUCAUGCACUAGACCGGUGUGAUAAAGAUGAACCGCACUGGAGUGGCAUACCAGCCUGUCUCUGUUUACUGUAACGUUAUAAAGAGUAAUGCGCUUCUCAUGAGGUACGAUAUAAAAAUUCAGACCAAAGAUGAUCAGAGAUGAUACAUACAGUAGCGCUGUACUGUUUCACAUCUGCAAACAAUGCGUUGUGUCGCCAAAAGCUGCCUUACUAGGGGUGACAGACAGGUACUACUUGUUUGUAAAAGUUCCACAUGAAACAAUGCAAGACAACUGAAUCUUUUAUUUUCUACAUAAUCUCACCUCUACAUUCACUGCUAACAGUUUAGUCUCAGAAAGAAGUGGAUUUACUUUUAUUACAGGUUCAUUUUCAAUGCAAUCCUUUCUAUUGGUAAAGAAAAACAGUAUUAUUUACUUAGCACAAAGUUCUGGCCAGGUCCAUGGUCCAUACUGGGGAAAAUGUCCUAGGAAUAUUAUGAAAGUGUAUUUUAAAUAUUUUGUAUAGACUAAACAAAAAUGUUAUGAUAAAUACAACUUAUAAUGAAUGCCCAGAGAUUGAUGUAUAAGAAUUUUAAUUUGAGAAGAUUUUAAUUUACAAAAGUAAAGCUAAA